AAUUACGGUUUAGUGCUUCAGUUGGAUUUUAUUAAAAAGAUUUUACAUGCAUCGAAAUGGCGAGCUUACUGCAGGUAGACCGGGUUCAGUACGUAUUUGACGUCGACACCCAGGAUUCCCAGUCUUUAUCUCGACUUUAUUUUUGCAUUUAUUGCCUCGGUCUUCGUUCGUCGCAUAACCUAUUGCACGAGGAUGAUUCUCACUUCUGUCCUCAAGCCUUAGAUAGUUUGGCGUCAGCUGAAGCUGUAUCGAGGAAAAACAAAUGUUCCAACUCAUGGAGGUGCCCUGCGUGCUUACACACAUUAUCAACCAGAGCUACAAGCACGAUAUCCCCCCCCACCACUGACUCAAAUAAACCAACUGUAAAAACUGUUUAUUAUCAAUCGUGUACAUUCUGCCGGUGGUCGACACGGUCUGUUGGUAUCGAUGACAAGGAAGUUGCAAAUGACGCAUGGAUGGAAAAAGAAAACCCUAGUUUACCUCGGAUAAAUAAACUGCUUGAGUAUUACAAGUAUCUUGAACAUAAAGAAAAAGUUGAACAAGCCCGAAAAUCUCCGAUCAAAAAGGAGUUGAUGUCGGUUACAAUGCAGUUGAAACAGAAAUAUACAUCCAGCAAGCAUUCGCCUGGGAAGAAAUCUAUGUUUGGCGAUUCGCUUAGUGGUGCAUUGUCAAGCUUACGGUUGAAAGAUGUUUCGAGUUUAAAAGACGUUUCAAUCGACGCAUCUUCCACACUUGCACUGGAUGAUGUGGAAAAGUUAAACACGGAUGUUUACAAGCCUGUUCAAUUUACAGCAAUGACAUCAACUGCUCAGCGCUUGGACCAACCAGGGAAUCAAAUUAUUGAAUGUUCGGAUUUAGCUCCAAGAAGAUCGCAAAUGUUUAUGAAACAAUCGCUCAGAUGCAAGAUUUGUGAUCACAACAUUAUCAAGCCCGAGUACAGUCCAACUUCCAUCAAGUUUAAAAUCCAUCUCAUCGCAUUAAACCACAUACCUGAUAUAAGGAUCAGCAAACCAUCAACAUUGCGCGCUGGUGAACGUUGUCAGUUCGUCCUGUCAAUCACAAACCCAACGGAGCACGUCAUACACGCAACCUUCCUACCAAUGGAGGAAACUAAACAUGAGAUAAACGCAAAGAUAGAGCUUCCAACAUGCGAUAUAGUUGUGGGAAAGUUUGACGACGCUGCUGAGUUUGUUGAUCAACUUACUUCAACAAACAAUACUGAUGACGCAAGCAUCAUUGCGUUCCGUCGUGGCAAUAAAGUUGGGUUUUACGUUCAUUGCACGCCCGACCCCGCCCUUUCACCUGGUGAUAAUGUAUGGGUUGGUAUGCGGUUCAAACAUGAACAUUAUGGAAGCGCUCCUCUUGCUUUGUUGUUGAAAGGAGGAGAGGUAGAAAAAGAACCGGAGCCUAACUGGCUGACGCAUUCAGUUUUCAUCAAUCUCGGAAAAAUUCAAAGUUCAUUAGAAUAGAGUUGUUUGGUUGGAUAUUGUUUUCAAUAUAGUAGGUUGGGGUAAGAUGGUACGUGGUUUUAUUUUUUUGUACCGUUUGGUAAGAAUCAAAAGAAAAUUACUAAGUGUUGUUAAUUGUUUAAAGUGGUACCGUAUCCCAUCCUACCCCGUAUCCCAUCUUACCCCACAGUACUUUAUAUAACGUUGCAUGUUUUGCAUGCAAUUUAUUCUGUGUAACUCGUCGCAUGAAUGUUGAUGUUUAGUGGAAAUAAAACGCAGUAACAUUCUGUAACCUCUGCUACCGGGCAUAAUGUUAAUAACCUUUUAGCGGCUCACCUUACAGUAUAAAAACAUAGUGUAUUUUCGACAUUUUGUCUGCAACCUGGCAAGACUUUAAACGUCGGAAAUACACUAUGUUUUUAUACUGUAAGGUGAGCCGCUAAAACGUUAUUAACAAACCUUAAUAUGCCUGUUUACGUCUAUCGUUUGUUGACAUUACGUAAUAAAUAUGAAUGAAUGUAAAU